GAGGGGGGUGGGGGGGGCGCACAUCUGUAUCCGCUGCACUGAGGCGCUCCUCAGACCUGUUGAACUGCUUAGGUUUUGGCGAAAGGGGAAAAGCUUCGUUCUGGGAAGUUUUACGGGACGGGACAGUUCACACAGUGAGCGAUCGGCAAAUACAGCACAGCGACAGUGCGUAAAGCCGCUCCCGGGGCUUCACUGAUGGGAGACAAUCGCGAAUUCCGAAUCCACAAACAAUUGGCAGAAACACACAACGACACGUUGUUGGCAAAGGAUGAUCAUUAGAUGAGAUUCGUCGCUUGGAAGAAGAUUGCCGGAGAGAAACAAACUUAACCAACUAACAAACUCACCGACCGACCGACCGACCACUAACCUGUAGAUCGUCAAACUGUUGUGAAAUGCUCAGCUCAAAGACAAAUAGACUGGGAAUAAAGAAAUCCAUCGGAAGGCUCUGUUCACCAUGAAGCUCCUGCAUGUGGUCCAGUUGGUUGCUGGAUUAUUUGGAUCUCUAUCCGGCAGCAGAAGUUGUCCUGACUUGAUCAUAGAAAGUUGCCACUGCGCCAGCGAGCGCUCCAAGGGACCGAGCAGACAGACCCUGCGGAUAAAGGUGGUGUGCAGUAACGGGGAGUUGCUGGAAACUUUGCAACCCAGUCUCCUGCCGAGCAAAACAGUCACACUGAAUCUGAGUAAUAACAAGAUUUCACUGCUGAAGAAUGGCUCUUUCUUUGGCCUUGGUUCUCUGGAGAAAUUGGAUUUGAAGAAUAACUUGAUUAGCAGAAUUGAGCCUGGGGCUUUCUAUGGGCUUUCAGAACUGAGGCGUCUGGAUCUGUCGAACAAUAGGAUUGGAUGUCUCAGUCCUCAGAUGUUUGCAGGUCUUUCACGCCUCUCUAAAUUGAAUUUGUCAGGAAACAUCUUUUCAACCCUUCCUUUCGGGCUGUUUGCUGAACUUGUAACACUGAAAGCCUUACACUUUAGCUCGGAAUCCCUAAUGUGUGACUGCAACCUUGGAUGGGUCCUGCAAUGGGCCCAAAAUGCCUCUGUUCGAAUAGCAGAUGAAACAUUGUGUAUUUACCCAACAAUUAUACAGGGCCAACCAUUCAAAACCCUGAAGGAGAAGCAGUUGACAUGUGAUGGCCCCCUGGAGUUGCCUUUGUUCCAGAUUAUUCCAUCCCGUCGCCAAGUGGUGUUUCAUGGUGAUCGUUUGCCAUUUCUCUGCACUGCAACUUAUGUGGACAAAACAACCCAGGUCCACUGGCAUCAUAAUGGGAAACUGGUGAAAACAGAUGAGGAUAACGAAAUAUUUGUGGAACCAAGUAUGAUUCACGACUGCUGUUUGAUAUCCAGUGAGCUGAUCCUGUCCAACAUUGACGUUACUGCAACAGGGGAGUGGGAAUGUCUGAUCACCACCUCCCGAGGGAACAGCUCCAAGAUGGUGGAAAUUGUGGUGUUAGAGACAUCUGCACCAUACUGUUCUGCAGAACGAAUCAGCAACAAUAAAGGAGAUUUCAGAUGGCCUAGGACACUGGCUGGUAUUACAGCACAUCACCCCUGUAUGUAUCCAUUUGCAUCUGUAUCUUACAAUGGAGAUCACCAUGAAAGGAAAGCCUGGCGUAAAUGUGAUAGUUCUGGACAUUGGGUGGCAGCGAACUAUGCUGAAUGCCCAUAUGCAAAUGAAGUCACGAGAAUCCUUCAUGCCUUCAGCCAGAUGCCAGUCAAUGCCACCAAUGCCCUGGGUUUUGCCCACCAGCUAAUGGCCUACACAGAAGAGGCAGACAACUUUUCAGACAUGAUGGAUGUCAUUUAUGUGGCUCGAAUGAUUCAGAAGUUGAUUGUCUUUGUGGAUCGCAUAAAAGAUCUGGGAGGACACAUAACUGAAAUAGCCAGUAACAUGAUGAUGGUGGAUGAACAUGUACUAUGGAUGGCCCAGAAUGAAGAAAAAGCUUGUACCCGAAUGGUACAAUGUGUGGAACUCAUUGCAAGUCUUGUGCUGACGAGCAAUACACAGGUCAUUUCAAAGGUUUCCAUGAAUGUCGCACUGGAGGCAUUCAUGAUCAAGCCAGCUAGUUUCACAGGCAUGACAUGCACUGCUUUCCAGAAAACGAGCCUGAAUUCAGAGAGAUCAUUGAUCCAUGACGUGGGUACAUGGGAUUGGGAUGCAGAGAAUCAUAGAGACCAACAUUUGAAUUUCAAAUGCAACACUGGCAAUCUGACCAGUUCGCUUGUGAAUUUCCCAGUUAAGAAUACUGUAGCAGUGGCAUCAGUUCAGUUGCCACCAGCAAUUUUUACUCAUUUCCCAACCUUACACACUGUUGACAACUCAUCUUGCAAGCUACAGUUUAUUGUAUUCCGGAAUGGAAAACUCUUUCCCAGGACAGGUAACUCGUCAAACCUCGCUGAUGAUGGGAAACGCAAGUGUGUUUCGACUCCUGUUGUCUUUAUUAAAAUAGAUGGGUGCAGCUUUGUGAACCUCACUAAACCCAUCACUAUUGUUCUGAGGCACUUUGCACUUGGUGCAGAUCCCACUGCAGCAUUUUGGGAUUUUGACCUUUUGGAUGGUUGGUGUGCUAAUGGGUGCCACCUAACAGGUUCUGCAAGCAAUAUUACUACCAUUCAAUGUAUGCGCUUCAGUAACUUUGCAGUACUAAUGGAUUUGAAGACAGUGCUUUCCUUUAAUCAAUACCAAGGGGAGUUCUUGCACCCUGUGGUAUAUGCGUGCACUGCAGUCCUUUUGCUGUGCCUCUUUGCAUCCAUUAUCACCUAUAUUGUGCAUCACAGCACAAUCCGCAUUAGCAGGAAGGGCUGGCAUAUGCUGCUGAACUUCUGUUUCCAUACUGCCCUUACUUGUGCUGUAUUUGCUGGAGGCAUCAAUCGCACCAAAUAUCCGAUCAUCUGUCAAGCUGUUGGAAUCGUUUUGCAUUACUCUACUCUAUCCACAAUCUUCUGGAUAAGUGUCACGGCCAGGAACAUUUAUAAGCAAGUAACAAGAAAACCUCCUCAAUACCAAGAUGCUGACCAGCCUCCACAUCCACAACAACCAAUGCUUCGGUUUUAUUUAAUUGGCGGAGGCAUUCCUUUCAUAAUUUGUGGAAUCACUGCUGCAACGAAUAUCAACAAUUAUGGGAGUGAAGACAUGGCACCAUAUUGUUGGAUGGCAUGGGAGCCUAGUCUUGGUGCAUUUUAUGGUCCUGCUGCAUUCAUUGUGCUAGUAAGUUGUGUAUAUUUUCUAUGUGCAUUGGUACAACUCAAGCGUCACCCUGAGAGGAAAUAUGAGCUGAAAGAAAUGACAGAGGAGCAGCAACGAUUGGCAAGCACAGAGGUAGGUCCCAGUCACGUGACAGACUCUGGCUCUGUGUCACAUACAUGUUCAAUGGUCUCUUCUUCAAUGCUGGAGAAUGAACAUUCUUUCAAGGCUCAGCUUCGUGCUUCAGUAUUCACUCUAUUUCUGUUUAUUGCCAUGUGGACCUUUGGAGCCCUCGCAGUCUCACAAGGACAUUUCUUAGAUAUGAUCUUCAGUUGCUUGUAUGGAGCAGUUUCAGUGACCUUAGGACUCUUCAUUCUCGUCCAUCACUGUGCAAAGCGGGAUGAUGUCUGGCAUUGUUGGUGGUCUUGCUGCAAAUCAAAUAAAAAUACAUACUCUGUACGAAUGAAUGUCCGACCCCAAGUUACAAUGAAUGGUGAUGCUCAGCUUCAUGCACCAUGUCUCCUGGAUUCUCCUUGUCCCAGCAAAUCAUCGUCCAGUUGUAAUCACUCAGUCACUGGACUCUGCAAGUUAACCAAUCUGCAGGCUGUUCAAAAUCAUGUGAACUGCCUUUCUCCAGUUGCACCUUGUUGUGCCAAAAUGCAUAAUGAUCAAAUUAUUGACGAUGAAGGCCAUAUUCAUCUACAUGCAGACAGUACAUGCAGACCUGGGAUGCAUAUUCACAGAUGUCAAAAGAGCCGAACAAAGCCACGACAUUUCAUUCGUCACAGCAGAUCUGCAACCCAGAGAGAAUAUGCGUAUCAUAUUCCUUCCAGCAUGGAUGGAAGUGCUCACAGCUCGCAUACAGAAAGUCACCACAGUAUCCAGGAUAGCCAGACCUGCCAAAGGCAAGCUGUCUCUACAAAAAGCGAUCAGUAUCCUACCUUCUGCCAGCCUGAAAGCAGUGAUGCCAGCACAGUGCUAUAUGGGUGUGCUAAAGUGGACAGCGGAAUCACCACAGAGCCUAUUCACCAAGCAGUUACUUUUGAGAUGCACCCAAGGAGACAAUCAUGUCCCCUAAGUGUAGCCAACCAAAAUGGAAUACUCAAGGGAAACCUGCAUGAAGCCAUGAUUUAUACUUCAGACAGUACAGGAAAUAUAAGAACUGGUCCUUGGAAAAAUGAAACUACUGUGUAGUUUUUGAAAUCAAUAACUCUACAAUCAAUCAUUACAGCUACAGGUUGUAUGUACGUUUUGUAUAAUGCUUAUGUGUUUGUUUGCAUAUUUCCAGUGUGCAGAUCUUUCAAAAUACAUAGAUUAUAUGUGUGUAUGCAUACAUAUAUAUGUACAGCACAUACAAGAAUAUCAUAAAACCAGUAUUAUAUUAUGUAUUUGUAUUUCAAGCUGCAAAAGAUGCAUUUAGUGUUGCCACAAUGUGGACGUUAUUUUUAAAUUAGUCUGCAAAUAUAUCACACUUAAGUUAAAGUUUUUCAUUAUUUUUCUAUCAAUGUAUAUGGUUUCAAUUGAAACAUACAACAUGUGCAGUCAACAGAAUUGUUCUAUUAAAGAGUUAGUUGCACUUUGGAAAGCUAAAAUCAGAGACAUAUUAACUAUCAUCAAAAGAAAAAUCUGACUUUGGGAGGAAAUAAUACUCUUAGAAAAAAAACAAACGUGGGAUCAUGACAUAUAAGUAUUCUCUUACAGGAUUGGAAGAAUAGCACCAAAUCAACAAAAGUAUCCAUUUCACUGAAUAAUUGUGUAACUUUUACUGUAAUUGGUUAAAUGAAAUUUGGCUCUUUAAAUUUGUAGGAAGACAUUUUAUAUCAAAUGCAUUUUCCACGGAUAUAGAACAUGCUGUUGUAAGAAUGGUAACUUGCCUGAUUUUUGUUGAGUUGAAUCAUCAAUAGCACCCAUCUGCUAUGUGUGAAAACUAAAUUUGGUAAUGUAAAGAUCAAUGACAUUGUAUCCUCUUUCAAUACAUGUGGCUGACACAAUAAUGCAACUAACACAAUCAUUUGGCUCUUUCACUAGGUAAAGUGGCACAAUACAUGUGUAAGGUUAAUACUAUGUGCUAGAGAUGACAGUCAUCAGUUUUUUUGUACAGAGCAUGCUGUGCCUGUUGUAUGUUACAGUGUACACUGUAUAAUGAAUUGUCUCCAGUCAAUGCAGAUAUCACAAUGUAUAUUAGUAAAAAAAAACAAAAAAGCCUUCAAAUCAGCUUUGUCAUCUCUCUCGAUUAGACUGCUUUUCACAAUUCGUUUCAUUAACUUUAUUAAUAUUCUGUAGAAUUGGAUGAAAUUAGUUCCAUUUGAUUCACCUAGUUUUGCAACAGAAUUGUGGCUGAUGUUUAAUCACUAUAUUCAUAACUGCAUUUUGUCAUAGAAAAUUAGUGUGUGUUAGCAAAACUAGAAAUGAAUUGGAUAAAAUCACUCAAAAUUGUUCUUUAGUUCUUCAUGAAUUCAAAGUGAAGAAUUCUUGCAUAUUGUAUCACAUACCAUCUAUGACUCACAGAUUUCAUGUGAUCUAUGUAAAGCUUUUCAUCCCAUAUGAGUUUUAAGUCAUACUAAUUGAUGUAAACUCUUUAGUUUAACCCAACUCUCUGUACCAAGUGUCAA